CAUUAAUUAGAAAAAAUACUAGGAAGACUAGAUUAAAUUUUUUGGUGUCCAAGUAUUGUCUCGUUAAACCCCCACUCUAUUCCAAAAUGAAUACUAUUCUUUGAUUUCUCACCGCUAGAAUUUGUCUGUUUAUUUCUUCUUUUCCUGCAAAAAAAAAAAAAAACUUCCAUGGAUUCUUGCUAAAGAGAUAUGAAAGAAACUUUACCAACGAUAAGUCGUGUUUCGAAAAGCCAACACCACGGAGGUGACCAGAAAAUGAUGGAGAAAUCAAACGGAGGAGUAGUACCGUACCGGUAUCCAUCCUGGUUCGUUAUCUUUGCUUCGUUUAAUAUGUUAUGGUUCUUGAUGUUUUAUUUCAAUACUGAUGCAUUUGUUAGUAGUAAGAACAAAAUUCAAUCGAUAAUGAAUGAUUAUGUGUAUGGAUUUGUGUCGCCACAACCAAAGUUUAUGGUUCCUUUAGAGAGCGAAACCGCCGUACCCCUCUCCGGAGAACCCAUUAGAGAUGAUGAUUUGGUAGACCGAUUUGGUACAGAUGAUCAACCGGAAGCUGUUAGGCAAGCAGAGGUAGUUGUUUCACCGAACCAGUCCAAAACUGAAGAUCUUCCCAGUCAAACGGAACUAGUAGGUGGAAACGUGUCUAGACCCAAACCCGAGGAAAAUGAGAUUGAACCCGUAUCUGAUCCGAACAAAAAUGAAACUGUUACCAUAGAACCAGUUAGUGAAAAUUUGUCUGAAACCAAAACUGAAAAUGAGAUUGAAACCAUAGCUGAUCAGAACAGAAAUGAAACUGUUACCAUAGAACCAGUUAAUGAAAAUGGGUCUGAAACCAAAACCGAAGAUCCUAUAAGGGAAAAUGAGAUUGAACCUGUUGACACAAAACUAGUUACUGGAAAUAGAACCGAACCCAUAACCCAGGAAGAUCCAGUUACGGAAGAUGGGAUUGAACCCGUUGUUCAUGACCUAAAUGAACCAGUUCCAAGAAAUGAGUCCGAAUCUGAUUUUGAUCCAUGUACUGGUAAGUACAUCUAUAUGCAUGAUUUGCCAAAGAAAUUCAAUGAAGACUUGUUGAUUGAAUGCGACACACUGAACAAGUGGAUUCCGAUGUGCCCGUAUAUGGAGAACGGCGGACUAGGUCCGAGACUGGUGAACUCGCAAGGGGUGUUUCCUACUAACGGAGGCUGGUUUAAUACAGAUCAGUACAUGCUGGAGAUCAUAUUUCAUCACAGGAUGCAGCAAUACAAGUGUUUGACACCCAAUUCUUCAUUAGCUUCGGCGAUUUAUGUUCCAUUUUACGCAGGUUUUGAAGUUAUUCGUUAUCUGUGGGAUAGUGAUGUGCCGACUCGAGAUGCUGCUACUCUUGAACUGGUGAAGUGGCUCCUUUCGAAACCUGAAUGGAAGGUUUUAGGAGGAAGAGAUCAUUUUCUGGUUCCAGGCAGGACAACUUGGGAUUUUAGAAGGUUGUCGGAAGAUGAUGCAGAUUGGGGUAAUAAACUUUUGGUGUUGCCGGAAACUGAGAUGAUGCCGGCUUUAUUAGUCGAAGCAAGUCCAUGGCAGGUGAAUGAUUUCGGGGUACCUUUUCCGACGUAUUUUCAUCCUUCGUCAGAUGGGGAGGUUUAUGAAUUGCAGAACAGGAUGAGGAAUCAGCAGCGGCGUUUCUUGUUUUCAUUUGUUGGUGCACCGAGGCCAAAUAACACUAAAUCUAUUAGAAAUCAGCUCAUUGAACAAUGCCUAGGAUCGAAGAAUUGUAAACAACAAGACUGCAGAAACAAAGAAAACGGCGAGAAACCUUGUGAAGACCCAAGUACUGUGAUGAAAGUGUUUCAAAGAUCGGUAUUCUGUUUAGAGCCUCAAGGAGAUUCGGCUACUCGAAGGUCCACUUUUGAUGCUAUCUUAGCUGGUUGCAUACCAGUUUUUUUCUAUCCAGGUACUGCUUACACUCAAUAUACAUGGUAUUUACCUAAAAACUACACACAGUAUUCAGUUUUUAUAUCAGAAGACGAAGUUAGAGACGGGAAGGUAAAUAUCGAAUCCGUUCUACAGCAAUUUUCGCAGGAGCAAAUUCGUAGAAUGCAAGAAGAAGUUAUAAAAUUGAUCCCAAAGGUGAUAUAUGCAGACCCAAGGUCUAAAUUGGAGACCAUUGAAGAUGCAUUUGAUAUAGCUGUUAAAGGAGUGCUCCAAAGAGUGGAUAAAGUGAGAAACGAUAUACGAGAGGGACGCAAUCCUGAUAAACCUCCUCGUUCAGAAUAUAAUACAUGGAAGUAUCGUCUGCUCGGGACAGAAGAGAAGCACGAAUGGGAUCAUUUUUUUGAAACUCCAAAAUGAGAAGAGAAAUAAGGUCAGAUGAUGCAUACUGUCUGCCACAUUUUGUAAAAGUCCUUAAAUCUCAAUUGUUAUUCUUUUGUGUUAAGUAUUCAAUCUAGAGAAAAAAAAUAGCUUAGUAUAUCAUUUGAAAUUCCUUAUUAUUGUUACGAGUUUUUGCAUGAAUAAAUGAAUUAUGAGUGACACUGGUAGUUUUUUUUUA